UAUUAGUUUACACUUAUAGUGUAAACCAUUUUCGGGUAUGCUCUUUCUGCCUAUCUAAUUAGUUUUUGCAUCGAAGUUCAAAUGAGGAUUUUGAUAAUCUAAAAUUUUCUGAAAGCUCCUAAUUUUAUGCACUAAAUUGUAGUUAAAAUGUGAGAAAAAUAAUCCUUCAUUAUUUACUCGUGUGGGAUAGGGAAAUUCCACCUCUGGAACAAGAUUCGCUGUCUAGGACUCGGCAAAGCCUCGUCCUAGACUGCGAAUCUUGUCCCCUCGGUGGAAUUUCCCUAUCCCACACUCGUACUAAUGAAGGAUUCUAUUAUUCUUUAAUUUGGUGUUCAAACCAUUAUAUUUCUGCACCAGAAAAGCUUUCCGCGAAUACCUGCAGUUUUUGCCGCCGUGCGGCAUAUCUGAUGUGGUUUCAAUUUCCAUUUAAUACCCAUUCAAAUCAGUAGAAAAACCAAUAAUUUCGCAUUUAUUAAGAAUUAAUACUUUUAUGUGUGAUACAGUUUUUUUUUCCUACUCAAAACAUCGCUUGGGGAGAACUCUCGUAUAUUACGUCAAAAUUAAUGUCAAAUUUGGUGACGUCGUCGGGUUAAUAUAAAGUUUCCCGUUGAAUAUAUUACAGCUACUAUGGUAGAUAAAGAAUAACAAUGGUCAUUUUCAUAAAUGGCAAAUUCUCAAAUACCAGAUUUAGUAUUUUGGUGAAUUUCCUUGACAGGGCAGAUUUGGGCUAAAACCGUACCUAUGAUUUCGUUGUCCAAGUUGAAUGUAUCCACCAAAUUCCUCUUCUUGCAAGAAACUUUGUUUAGCCUCUCAAUGACUGUAAACAGUAUUUAAUCUCGCAGCAUGCAGCACUCGGACAUCACGGUGCAUCAAUCAACAACUUUGUUUACGUAGCGCAUCUAUGUACAUGGAUUGGUGGUUGGUUUAACGUUUCGUUUAGCGAAAAGUUUCACACCUGUGGAUGAAACAUUUGAUCUACCAUUAUUACAGACAUUGACGUAUACUUAUGUGGUAUGUGCUGAUUUUCUCUAGGCGAGUCAGUCACAGCAACAAAACGCUUUCGGAACCCCCUUUUGUUUUUCGACUAUUCUAUGACGGAGUAAGGAAUUCCGGAAAAUAAAUUCACGUGAAAAUACAUAAUUUUUACUGAUCACGUGGUUGCUAUCCGUCGCUACCUUAAAAAAUAAAAUUACGUGUACACGUAAAUGGAAAGCAGUUUUUGCUAGUUUAAUAUAGACGAUAAGUGAAUAAAUCAUUUAGGUGACUUUAAACACAUUUAUUUCAAUAACCCAGUCAAGAAAUACAGUGAUGUUAUUGUAAAUAAUACGUUUUAUGCAUUUAUAUACGUAACAAUACACCGGUACAUUAUUUUGCUGGCUUUGUGACGUAACAAUGCACUAGUACAUAUGUGACGUUAGAUUAUCUCUUGACGUAAUAAAUUACUGUAUGACGUUAUCAGUAUAUUGUUAUUAUCGUUAGACGUUUCACUUGUUUUAAGCGAAUCAUAAGAAAAGUAGCGGAUUCAGAUAACACUUCAACAUGUAAGUGCUGAUAUCUUUCUGUGUUGAUUCUUUUUUCUUCAUCGGAACCUGGGUACUGUGAAGGGUGAAAUCCAGCGUUUUUACAUUAAUUAUGGCAGAUCUAACUGUGGUAGCGGCGCGGUGAUUCGACAUUCAUACUUCAGAAGACUUGGCACGUUUUUAAAAGUUAAUUCGGGUUAUGUAAAUCUUUGUUUAGACCAAAGUCGAUUCUCUGUAACGAUUCGUGGUCAAGGAGGAUUAACAGUGAGAGGCUUAGCGACAUCUAAAUCGCUGUGCAAAUUUUCCCUAGCCCCAGACAUUUGUUUUUUGCAAAUCGGGGGCAACGAUGUGUUACUACAUUCACCUGCAAGGAUUGUAAGAGACAUCAUUUCUCUUACGGACUUUCUGAUUCAUGGUACGGAAGUCAAACACAUGAUUGUAAGUCAACUUAUUCGUCGUGACCCCAAGAAAUCACCGCCUGGAUAUAAUGACACAGUCGUUGAAAUAAACCAGAUUCUGAACUCUGCGUGUGCAUCCUUACCAAAUGUGAAAUUUUGGAAACACAGGGGGUUUGGAGAUAACCUCCAGUACCUUGGGCCCGAUGGAGUACAUCUGUCUACAAAAUCGUUUAGCAAUGAGCCAGUAGCUGUGGUAAAAUACCGAAACUGUUAAAACAGCAUUAAAUAUGCGGUGAUCAACACUUGCAGGCGACUGAGAGCAGUAUAUAAAUGAAUUAAUUAGAUUAUGUUGAAGUAUGACAUCGUCUUGCAUUGCAUCUAGCUCUUAAGUUUACAAAUUGCAAGACAAAUUUAUAGUUUUAAGAACAUAAUUUAGGUUGUAAUAUAAAUAAUGUUAAUGUCAUGGGUCAAUGACAAUACAAACACAUAAAAUAUUAUAUAUGAAGUUGCCUCUCGAAAUACAUUUAGAACUAGUGGGUAUUGUUUUUUUACAACAAAAAAAACCCCAGAUGUCUCCCCUUCAAAGUUUGAUUGUGUAAUAACCGGGGCAACAAUAAUGAGUGCUUCAGAAAUGGGUCAAGAUAAAAAAUUUCCUUCAAUGCAUUUAACCAUGAUCUCAUCUCGUCUUAAUGUCUGCUUUCCAAGGAAUGGGUCAAUGUAAAAAAAAAAAAUUGGUACAGUACAUCUUGUCUUAAAUCUGCCUUCCAUGUUGUAAGUUUGAAAACCUAAUGUCAAAGGGUUCUCAGGUUAUGGUCUGGACUAUACUUUGAUGUAAAAGAGUGACUUUGACAAUGUAAAUAGGUCAAGGUCAAAAAUGUUGGUGAUGUGCACCCCCUCCUCAAUAUUGCCUUUCCAUAUUACAAGUUUGCAGUCUUGAUGUCAAACAAAUCUUAGUUAUGAAAUCAUGAAGGUUUUUUUAAACAUGACAUUGAAUGAAGAAAUAGGUCAAGGUCAAAAUUUUUGGUACAGUACAUCUUGUCUUAAUGUCUGCUUUCCAUGUUGUAAGUUUGAAAUCCUAAUGUCAAAGGGUUUUCAGGGUAUAGUCUUGACUAUACUUUGAUGUAAAAGAGUGACAUUGAAUGAAGAAACGGGUCAAGGUAAAAGAUUUUGGUACAGUACAUCUUGUCUUAAUAUCUGCUUUCUAAGUUGUAAGUUUGAAAUCCUAAUGUCAAAUAGUCCUCAGGUUAUAGUCUUGAUGUAAAAGUAUGACCUUGACACUGUAAGUAGAUGAAGGUCAAAAAUGUCUGUGGUGUGCACCCCUCUUCCAUAUAACCUCUCCAUAUUCCAAGUUUAAUGCCUCGUUCACACGAAUGCACAUUAAAUUUUACUUUGCAUCAAAUUUGAUGCGAAGUAAAAUACUGCGCAUUAAAUUAAUUCGAAUUAAGGUAGCUAUUGAUAGCUAGCCCCCAAAAAACCGCUCAUUGAAUUUUUUUCAAUUUUAUUUAUUAUAACAUUUUGACUUUAUCCUAAAACAUAUCAAAAAAUCAACAAAAGUAAUCGGGUUAAUUUUCGAGGAAAGCGAGAUUGAAACCCCCUCUUUUGCAGCCCAAAAAGGCAAAAAAUACCAAAAUUGAGCAAAUUAACACAGAAGCCAAUAAAAAUUUUAUUGACACCAGAAAUAUUGUUUGUCAUAUAUAGUUAUGUAAAUUAAACACAAACAGAUAAAAAAUCAACAUUGAUUAGAAAUUCAAAAUGCAUCUAAGGAAAACUUUGGGAUGAUUCGACUUGGCAAUACCCUAAAUAUGACGUUUCUCAAAUACUAUCAGGCAUACAUUUUCUGACAACAACAAAAUUCUGCUCAUAAAAUUUUUGAUUUUAUUUCAUUUUUACAAUAAGUCAAGUAAUAUCUAAAAUAUUGAAUAGAAAAAAUAUACCAAAUGAGGUUUAAUCUGAAACUAUGUCAGAUUUUGUAACUCUACCCCCUCCCUUCUAGAAAUGAAUUUUAAGAGAUACAGUCAGCAGAAAUAAACUAUUGACCUUAAAUGAUUAAGCAUUCCCAAAUUACCACAUUGAGCAUUCAAACUCACAAUACUAGAAGUUUCUAUGAGCCAUUUAAGAGUGAUAUAUAGUGUGUGCUAUUGCAGUUGACCUUUUCGCACUCACAAUGAUUGCCUAAAUAUUUAGUUAUUUUUCAUACAAUUUCUUUUAAUACAUGUAACUGGACCAAAUCUAUUACCUAUACAUAUUUUUUGAUAGAAAUUUAUAUCACUAUACAGUAUAAUACACCAAAUAUGUUUAAAUAACCAUUUCAUAUUUCAAUAAAUAAUUAAUAUCAAUGGAAAGAGACCCAUGAACUGCCCAUGGAUCACUACAUGCAAGUCCAUCUGAGUCAUCUUGCCUUCACAGAUAGGUGUGUCUUUCAUAAGUUUAAGAUUUUUAAUUGUAGUUUCACAAUGAACCAAACACUCACUAUUGGAUAACUGAGAAUGCAUAUACAUGUAUAUUGCAUUAACUAACCGUAGUUUUCCCCAGGUGAAAGUCUAUGUUCACUGUAUGUAUAAGGGGAGGGGGGGUGAAUUAGUUCCAUUAUGAAACUUUUCUAAAAAUUUGAUAUACAUUAAUGUAUCAAUGAUGUAUGUUUCAACUAAAUUUUGAAUUACAAGGAAUUCAAACACUUUGAUUGAAGUUAUAAAAUUGAUAUUCUCUCAUGUGCACAUUUUUUACUAAUAUAUCUACUAAUAUAUCACACGGAUGCGCAUUAAAUUUUACUUCGCAUCAAAUUUGAUGCGAAGUAAAAUAAUGCGCAUUAAAUUAAUUCGAAUUAAAUAGCGUUCACACGGCGGUAAUAUUAAUGCGAAGUAAACUGAUGCGCAUUAAAUUCGUAUGCAUCUCUAUUAAAGGGUGCGCGAAAUGAUAGAAUAGACUAUGUUAUUGAAAAUUAUUUUUAUAGAUAUUUUAAUGAAUAUCCUGUAGAUACAGAAUACUUUGUUCAAAACGCUAUAUAGGCCUACAUGUAGUAUACUACAUGUUUACAAUUACAUGCUGAUCUACACAUAAGAGUUUUUUGUCGUAUUUAUUUAUAUGUUCCUAAGAAAUUACUUGUUAUUUCCUCUGACAACCAGCAUUCAAUCUAGACUAUAUAUUGUUUCUUCAUGGGCCCAAUUUUAAAACUUAGGAAUGUCUUUUUCACCAUUCCGCUGACUACUGUUGUGACGUAAUUUUUAAUUACUAAUACGUAUUAUAAGUCUACUAUGACGUCAUAUGGUAUAAAAAUUAACAACGAGCGGCAUAUUUGUUUUAAAAAAUGUAAAGAAGAAAAAAAAGAAAAAAAAAACGAUCAUAUUAUCACUAUUUUAAAACAUUGUUGUCGUAUUUCAAAACAAUUCCUUCCACAUGUAUUACUCAGAAUGCCUAUGCAGAGCACAUAUUUACGUAUGACAUUACCUAAUGACAUGCUGUUUGUACAUGUUUUUAGUGAUUAUUAUCAUUUUGCUUAGUUUUUCGUACAAAACUAACAUUAAUAUAUAUAGCUGACCAUGGGUAUGAUGCAUGUGACCGAAAUUUGCCAUUACGCAUGCGUCUACAUUUAAUUCGAAUUAGCUUCGCUUAGCGUUCACACGGAGCUAAUGCGAAGUAAAUUUAAUUCGCAUUAAAUCGCGACGUCAAUUUUAAUUCGAAGUAAACUAAUGCGCAUUAAAAUCUCCGUGUGAACGCGGUUCAGAUUUAAUUCGCAAUAACUUACGUUUAAUGCGAAUUAAAGAUGCAUAUGCUCCAAUUUUCAUACUAAUUUUUUAUAAAAAUAUUAUUACUACGGUAUUCUAUGAAUAAAAAUACCUAAAAAACUCUAUUAAACAUGUAUUCAAAAAUCUAUGGUUUUAAAGAUAUAAAUGAAAAUAUUUUCAAAAGACAGUCUGUCUUUUUGAAACUCUGUCUCUCCGAAAGAAGCCGAAUGCUGACCACGUGACCGUCUUAUUAGCAUAUCGCGCGAUAAACAAAUCAAAAAUGGCGGAAGACGAAGUAAGAGAAAAGAAAGCGAAAAAAAGAGGAGGGAGAGUAGCCACUCUGACAACAUCAGAGAGAAAAAGAAGGAAGAAGGAGUACAACCAGAAACUGGCAGGAAGUAGAAUUUACAUUGGAGGAGCAAUUGAGAAGUGGAAAAGUCUUCAACAACAGACGAAAACGAAGACGGACGAAGAAAUGGCGACAAUGUUGCUGGAACGAUUUGAAAAUGAAGCAGCGUUUAAAGAACCCCAGAGCGUCCACACCUCUAUGGCCAUGAAAACUUCUACACCAGCAGCUUCUUCCAUCAUAUCAAGAUUAAAAAACAAAGAAUAUGACAGAACACCAUCCAUGUCAGAGAUAUCUGCUGAUUCAGAACAAGAACCUAUGUCAGGAGUGGAGGAAUUGCAAGUUUCCGGUCCUGAAGAUCCAGGUACUAGAAAAAAGAUUACAAAUAUGAAACCUACUGCAGAAGCUACACCAUCUAGCCGUUCUCGGAAACCAAAGAAGUGGUCAGAUUCAUUUUGUGAUCCUUUGAACUUGUCCAUUGACAUCUCAGUACAAGACUCAGAUUUAGAGGCAGUAGACUCAGAAGAGGAUGACCCAAACUACCAGCCAAGUUUUGAUGUCACAGCUAUUCUACCAGAUGAUGUGAACAGUAUGGCAGAAGAUGUAGCCUAUGAAGAGGUUGAGUUUGGGUUUGAGUUGCCUGGUAAUGAUGGUCAACUAGAAGGUCCAGAUAUUGAGAUGGGAGUUCUUCCAGGCGUCCACAGAGUGUCCACAGAGGGAGAAUGCAGAGAUUUGACUACGGCUUUGAAAUGUAUUGCAUUCGUUGAUCAGAUAAAGGAGUUGACCAAGAUACAUGUACCACGAUGCACAGAACAAUCAUGCAAUAAACCUACACAGAUGAAGGAGUCUUAUGUUGGAUCUGCAUUGCACUUGAAAUGGAUUUGUGAAGAAGGCCAUGUAAGUCACCACUGGUGUUCACAGCCUCAGUUAAACCGACGGCUACAUAGUGGAGACUUCCUAAUUUGUGGUUCCAUCCUGACCUCUGGAAAUAAUUAUGGAAAAUUGGCAUUGUGGGCAGAGAUGUUAAAACUGAAAUUUCCCUCUGCAGACCAGUUUCAUAGGAUUUGCAGUACAUAUGUUAUCCCAACCAUUGACAAAUUCUGGAGUGAUCAUCGUCAAGAGCUGUUGAAUGACUUCAAGGACAAAGAAGUUGUAGUUUUAGGUGAUGGCAGAAAUGAUUCACCAGGCCAUUGUGCACAGUAUUGUUCAUACACGUUAAUGGACAACGAGACCAAAAAAAUCCUGACCAUUGAAACCCUAGAUAAAAGGAUGACUGAUAGGAAGUCUGUCAACAUGGAAAAAGCAGGAUUUCAAAUCGCCCUCAACGACCUGUUAGAAAAAGAUAUAAAGGUGGUAGAGGUGGUGACUGAUGCACACCUGGGAAUUGGUUCAGUAAUGAAGAAAGGUUACCCAAAUAUACACCAUUCCCAUGAUAUAUGGCAUGUGGCAAAGAAUUUGGGGAAGAAGAUUUUGAAGGUGGCUCAGAAGAAGGGGAAUAAUAUAUUAUUGGAUUGGUGUAAAGACAUCAUUAACCACUUUUGGUUUUCAUGUCGUCGUGCAGAGUCGUAUGAGGAAUUCAUGGGCAUAUGGCGAAGUGUAUUGCACCACAUUACAGACACACAUGAGUGGAUUCUAUCUCAUGGGGGUGUUAACCACUGUCUUCAUGGAGAAUUAGGUGAAGAGGAAAGGACAAAACCAUGGUUGUCACCGACGAAGCAUGCCCAUGUAUUAAAAGACCUAGCAGCUGUGGUGUUAAACAAAAGACUUUUGAACAAUGUUGGAUACUAUUUGAGAUUCAGAAGUACAGCUGAACUGGAAGGAUUCCAUCAGCACAUUCUGAUGUACUGUUCAAAACGACACGCCUAUACCCCACCAGUCUAUCGUGCCAGGAACAGACUUGCAGCACUGGAUCACAAUAUGAACUCAGACCGUCCAGUGCAGAAAAACAAAGAUGGAAAAAUAAGGUACCAUCGUGUAUUUAAUAAAAAAAAGUGGGAGAUGGACAGUGCAUGCCAUGAGGGAAAGGAAAAAAUAUGAGUAUAUGUCAUCUCUAUUGUGCGAUGCUGUAAAAUUGAGGAUUAAUGACAGAGUGGGCAUGAAAAAAACUGUGUUGGCACCAGAUGAUCCCAGAUUAAUUGCAAAACAUCUGGCACCCGUAGAACCACCUCCAACUGAAGAACUUGUGUUGCAGCAGAAAUCACGAUUUUGAACUGCCACGGAAAUUAAAUGUGAAUUUUAUAUUGUAAAGAAAUGUGAAAUUAUACUUAGUAUAGUACAUGUAUUGCAGCAAUAUCUAAUUGAAAUUAUAUCAUGUAAAAUCUA